AUGCGAGGCUGGAGACUGCGCAAGAGGGAUGGCCCGCUAAAACCACCCCACUACCACCACCUCGUCGUCUCGCAGAACGAGUUCCCCGUCUUCACCCACACGGGCGACGUCGAAAUCAUCAUCAGCAAUGGCCGCAAGGAGCAGCGCUAUCUGCUGCACAAGCUGAUCCUCACCCAGUGCUCAGGCUUCUUCGAGGCCGGCACCAGCGACGAGUGGGCCAGCGCCGGUGCUGGUGGAGGAGAGGCGAGCAGCGCACCCCCGACAAGCGGUACCGCCCUCGCGCGGAUUCCCGCUGGGUCGCGCCCAGAGCAGAAGCGGAGAUGGCGCUACGAGCUGGACUGGGGCGACGGCGACGACGACCUGCCCAUGCUGGUGCAAAAGAAGAACCAGCCCACCCUCUUUGGCGGCAGCGAAACAAGCCCGUCGGCGCAGCCUCCCCCAGCGCGAAACAACAAGCCCGCCGCCCCCCAGGCAGGCUUCUUCCACGCCGUCGCCAAUUUCUCCACCCUCCACGUGCCCACGGCGCCCCCUGAAAUCGACCCCGACGACGACACGUUCCGCGACUACGACAAUCUAUUCCGCAUCUUCUACAACUACCCGCCGUCGCUCGAUACCAUCAACAUUGCCACCGCCUAUGUCGAGUGCAAGUCGCUUUUGCAACUCGCCGACAUGUACGAUGCGCUUGGUGUAAUUGGCCAGAGAACACAUCAAACACUUCAUUUCCAUCAUCAACUCGUUAAAAAAAAGAGGAAACUUCGAAAAAGGGGUUAA